AAGACUAACAACAACAACAACACCUGCACCUCUUGUCUCCCUCCCGGUGGAGUUGCCAAAACAAUCCAGGUGAAAGUCUCUCCAACCACACCGCAAGGAUCAAUGACUCGUUCCCUGAAUUGUCGUUUGAGGACUAUUUGUCCAAGAAACUUGAGACGCGAUUAGCUACCAAGGAUCAAGCCUACGGUGCUAUUUGUACAACACACGGAGCUUUUGUCCACUACGAGUUGAACGCCUUUCGUGGCUAUGUUGACAUGAAAAGAUUGGAGCGCGUUCUUAGGAGCAUUGUGGUUGCUGGUCGAUUGGGACAUCCACUUAACUACAGCAACUCUACUGCGAAGUACAAGCGUCAAAGCACACCGGAUCUUGUACGAUACUUUCAGAGCUACGCUGGUAUUGUCACAAGAGAACUUGUGUAGAAAGGUUUCUACGAAAGGCGGUUUAGGAACGGCAAGCGGAAAGCCUUUUCACAUGCCGCACUUGUUUUGGUAAAGAACGUACUGUGCGACAUACUUUGAGUUUUGUUAGCCAUGGAGUCUGACAAUCAACUGAAACAAGUCGAUGACGCCUUCUUGAUGAGACUUGCAGAUCAACUGGAAAACGAAUGGCGGCGCUUGGGCACACACCUGGCCAUCAAGAAGGCGGAGGUCGACCGUUGUCUGGCCGAUCACCCUGGGAAUGAAGCCGAGGCCGUGUAUGCUAUGCUGGUCCUGUGGUUUACGCGAACAAGAGACAAGGGGCUGGGGACGCAGAUAAGGGCACUCGCGGAAGCACUGAAGAAAUGUGGCCGCAAGGAUCUAGCUGCGGCCGUAGAAGAAAGGCACUCUGAGUAGUGACAAUGACACUGACAAUGAAUUUUAUUGCAUAUUCAUGCCCCAUUGGGGCUAAAUUCAGUCAGUUUGAUAUAAAAAGGUAGUGAACGAAAAGUUACACAUACGCUAUAGUUUACAUGCUUCUUCUCUCUUCUUAAAACAUGAUUUUGAAGACGAACUUACAGAGAUUUUCCAGCAUAUCGUGGUCAAAUGAUGACAUAAGAUAUUUGAACAUAUCUUCCUUCGUUAGGUGUGAAUAUUUCUGAUCUACAUGUGUCGCAUUAACGAAUGUAUUGUACAGAUCAUUGUACAGUGAACACUCUAGGACAAAGUGUAUUUCGAUUUUUCGUUUUCUACAUACAUGUCACAGUGCAUGGUUCUUAUCGCAAAAUAUACAUAGUCUAUCAUUAGGAGGAGUUCGGUUGUAAUAUAAUAGUAUAUGAAGGCGUAAAUCGUUAAACUGCAAUUGUUAACAUUAAAACUAGAACGAUCCCCAAAGCCCAGUCCACCUCCGUCAAAACGUAGCCUGACUAAAAUCGCGCUCCUAGCGGCCGGCCUUACAGUUGCCAUCACCGAGGGAGGGGGUCAUUAACCCCAGCCAGCGAGAGACUGUGUAAACACUGGCUACAUCAAAACGUAGGAAUGCAAAUAUCUGACGGACAUACAGCCACGCUCCCAUUGGUCGAACCGCACUAAUUGCCAUGCUAUCAUUGGUCGGACUGUUAAUUGUGAUAGACAGUCAGGACUGGACCUAUCCAAUGUCUCGACUGUAGCCUCUACCAGGCUCCCCAGGUCGCUAGAAAAAUAGUAGAAAUUGGCCAAAUAGACAGAAAACACACCAGAGGAGUUGGUUGGCCGAGGAGUACAGUUUGCGACCUAAACAGUCCUUGUCAAGGAAUGAGUCCAGGGUUUCUAUGACGUCAUUUUAUGCAAAUUGUAGCGACGGUAAUGGGUCAAAUGUAGCAGAUAGCCUGUGGCGUCCUCCGUCCCUAUUCAGGGAUAGUUGUACAUGUAGGGCCCUGAUAUAUACUGCUUCUCAAAGUAUGUCGAAGACACUGCUUACUAGUUCACUUUAACACUCAUGAUUGGAUGUUAUUCUAUUUUUAGAAGCAUAUCUUGUUUAGAUUUUCACAUCUGUUUUAGAGUUGUACAUACAUAUGUCCGCUGCAUGCGUGUUGUGAAAUAUGUAUAUGUAUUUUUCCCUUUGAGACAUUACAAAUCUCAUGAACAACGGAAACUUGCGUACAGUGUUUUGCUCGAUCGGUCCCCGUGUCCUUUUAUUUACAAAGCCGUAUGGAUUUGAUCCUCUGGGAACCCCAAAAAACUUAUGCGAGCGUGCGAAUAAAAAGGUUUGACAAAAAUAUGACCUUCAUUAUGACAUAUAAGUGUUCAGGGGGGUUUAACAAAUGAUCAAGCAGACAGAGUAUGGUGUACUGAGCAAUAGACUCUUGAUUAUGGCACCUGGUGGAGUUAGGAUAGUCGAUGUUAACGUUGUUCCCGAACUUUUCUCACAAGUCUUAAGUCCUUUUUCCCACAACCUACUUUUCCCCACAUAAAAGAUUUCUUUCUGUAAUUUAGUAGUUAACAUAAUAUCAGCC